CUUAAAAAAAUGUUUGCCUAGCGGUGAGCGAUUGUGGUCAUGAUGAACCAAACGUUUCAGUGACAACCCCUCUCCACUCAAAACUCUCUGCAUUUUGACAAUUCAAUCAGGAACCACCAUCGACAUUUUCCAGUAAUGAAAAAUAAAAUUGGCCAUAACGUUUCUGCGUUCUGUGGAUGCAAAGGUGCAUUGGGACAUCUCCACUUGUGUGUUCUACAUAUUUUGACUCCUUUUUUCGGGAUGGGAAUGGGGUUGGGGCAGUGGGUGGUGCCCUCAAACGAGGUUCAAACUCACCCCUUCUGGGAUCACGUGAUUUUUGUGGACCAAUGGGGUGCCAUUAUUUGCUGGGCGGGAAAUUCAACUCCUGCGAUCUGUGCCACCUCCGUGCACUGCUCAACGGUUGCUCAAGGAAAUGGCUGCACUAAAACCAACCAGCGGGAGAGGGGUCUCCUGGAGGGAGAAGGAGACAUUGGACCUCAUUGAAUUUUGGGGUGAGGAGAAGGUGCAAGAGGCACUAUUGCUCUGUCACAGGAACAUUGAUGUUUUCGAGCGCAUCUCAGAGCAGAUGGUGGCGAGAGGCCAUGCAAGAACCGCACUCGAAUGCCGGACAAAAACAAAAGCUUUGAGACAGGAGUACAAGAGGGUCGCGGCACACAAUGGAAGAUCGGGAAAUGCCCCUGCAACAUGCCCUUUCUAUGCACAGCUUGCAAGAAUUUUCAGAGGGGAUGCAAGCAUACGGCCACAAAGGGUGGCAAGAAGUCUUAACCUGCAGUCGGUGAGCAAUGCCGACCCCAUGGGGGAAGAUCGGUCGAACCAUGGCGUUCCCGCUCCAUGGGAGGGAUCAGAGGAACUAUUCACACAUCCAAUGGUCACUCUACAUCUUCAGGCGGUCCCCGCUUCCACUCCCAAUGAUUCAGGUUCUUCCACAGAACAAGAAACAUCAAUCGGAGAAGCCCCCCCAAUGGACAUGACCGAUCCAGAGGAUGAAAAUGCCGCAGACGAUCCAGAUUUAACUCAGAUAGAGGAGUUCCCGGAGGUGACAGGACAGGGUGCAGAGGAUCCGCAAGGAGAUCUGAACAAUCCACCAGCAGUGGAACAACCGCAGGUCCCCACGGCACAACUGUCUCCUGCUACACGCUUAGAAAAGGCGCGCACCAGAACCAGGCGCGUCUCUGUCCUCACCAACGUUGCAGAGAGAAUGCUAUCUCAGGCACAGAGGGAGGAACAGAACAACAGAAAGGAACGUGGAGAAAUUCUGGAGGCAACCAGCCAUUGGCGUGCAGCCAUGGAAUCAGAGACAAGAUGGCACGAGGACAUUAUCAGGGAGGCAAGAGAGGAUCGUAGGGCUUUUAUUGAGGCACAGUCACAAAAUAUGGAGGGGCUUAAUAGGGCUGUCGGUGCCCUCAGCUCCUUGACUGAACUCUUUGUCAGGGAGCAAAGAGCAGGCCCGGUUGCAGAAACUUCCCAAAAUGCCAACAGCAAAACACGCGAUAACGAUCAUGAGAAGGCACCACUAAGAAAAAGGGCUCGGAUCAUUAAAAAGAGAGAAAGAUAUGAUCCAUCCCUCUGAGCCCCACAUGUUUUUCCGGUGCAGCAUUUGGGUUGGAAUCUGCAUAUCACACGUAUCAUUGCUGUUGAAAUUAUGUUUGUCACAGCUGUAAUUGUGUUUUUCGAUGUUGGCGAGGGGUUGACAAUGGCCAUUGAAAAAAAUUGGUUUUUGUUUCCCACCGCAAUCCAGGUGCGGUUUGCCAGAUCUAUUUUUUGACCACGGUUGUUUGAAAUGUUGACCCAUGGGAGAAACUACACAGUUUUA